GUGGGGGUGUAUUGAUUGGUACGGCAGCUCAGCGGUUGGACAGAUCCUGUCUAAUGUCUGCCUGACCAUGCACCUGGAGCGCGAAGCCCGGCCCGCAGCACAACCGCGUUCUGUUCACAGGCUAGUUCUGGAGGUUGUUGAUCAAACCCCGCUCCGCUGGGCAAGUUGAUAAGAAAGGAGAGAGAAUUCAAAAAGCACAAGGCGCAACGGGCGGACAGCCAUUGCUUUUUGCCUUCGCUGCUACUAAAGAAAGCAGCGUCUCGGCGGUGUAUCACCGGAACAACAGACAGCUCAGCGAAGGGAUUGCCACACUAAGACCUGUCUGGACCCGCUGUAUUGUCCCUUUAGCUGUGUGGAUUUUCUGUGAAGAUGUCUUAUCUGACCGUGACGUUGUUGCUUCCAGUCUUGUGUAUCAUCAUCAUCAUCACCUCAACUGCUGCAUCCUCCGUAUCCCGAAAAUGUGGGGACACCUUGGCCACUCCUCUCCCCUACAGCUCCUUUACCAGCUCAUCAGUGUAUGCCCGAGGAUAUGGAGCUGGUUACGCCAAACUCAAUCGGAAACAAGGUGCUGGAGGCUGGUCACCCUUGGAUACAGACCGUUACCAGUGGUUACAGGUGGACCUGGGUUCUAGGAAGCAGGUGGUAGACAUAGUGACACAGGGUCGCUACAGUAGCUCUGAUUGGACCAGCAAAUAUCGGCUGCUCUACAGUGACAUACAGAGGAACUGGAGGCCUUAUCUACAGGAUGGAAACAUCUGGACAUUUGAGGGGAACGUGAACAGUGAGGGUGUUGCUCGCCAUGAGCUGCAGCACACCAUCCUGGCUCGCUACAUCCGCUUCAUCCCAGUGGACUGGAACAGAGAGGGACGCAUCGGAGUACGCCUGGAGCUUUACGGCUGUUCAUAUUGCUCUAGCCUCUACUACACCUGA